CUCAAACUCACCCUGCAACCUUUUGCUUUUAGGGCUUUACAAUUCACCAUUGUUGACCCUUAAAGCUUUUCUUUUUCUUUUUCACUUUCUAUCUCAUUGGUCUCCCCCUCUUUUGCUUUCUUUUUCACACCAAUCAUCCAUUUUGGGUCUUGUUUUAGUCACUUUCACCUCCACAAAAAAAAACCUCAUUUUUAUCAAGAAUCCAAGAAUCUUGAACCCAUAUGUGUUGGAAUAACUUAGAAUCACAAAUCUUGAAAACCCCUUUUGUGUUUUGAUCCUGUCAUUUUCACAAAUCAAACCCAUAUGCCAAACAAGCAAGAAUCUUGAAUCUUGGUUUUGUUUCUUGUAAAGAUUCUUGAUUUUCAUUACAAAAACCCAUUUUGAGCAAGAAUCAUUUCUGGGUUCUUUUUAGUUUCUAAAAUCUGUUAAGGGUUUAUUUUAUUUUAUUUUAUUUUUUUGUAUCUGAAAGCUAUGGCAGAAGCUCCAAAAACAGAGGAUAUCACUCAUCUUCCAACUGACCAACUUCAAGGCUUAGAGUACUGCAUUGACUCAAAUCCCUCAUGGGGGGAAGCUAUAGCUUUAGGGUUUCAGCAUUACAUAUUAUCUUUAGGGACUGCUGUCAUGAUUCCAGCUUUUCUUGUACCUUUGAUGGGUGGUACUUCUGGUGAUAAGGUUAGGGUGGUGCAGACAUUGCUUUUUGUUCAAGGGAUUAAUACAUUUUUGCAAACACUUUUUGGAACAAGAUUACCAGCUGUUGUUGGGGGAUCAUGGGCUUUCAUGGUGCCUAUUAUUUCAAUUAUACAUGACCCUUCUCUUGUAGCCAUUGGGGAUGAUCAUAUGAGAUUUCUCGCUACAAUGCGAGCUAUACAAGGUGCACUUAUCGUGGCAUCGAGCGUGCAGAUAAUCUUGGGGUAUAGUCAGCUUUGGGCUAUAUGUUCAAGAUUCUUUAGCCCUGUUGGUAUGGUUCCGGUAAUUGCAUUGGCUGGUUUCGGUCUCUUUGACAGAGGAUUUCCUGUGGUUGGAAGGUGUGUGGAAUUUGGCAUACCGAUGCUAAUUCUUUUCGUCACAUUCUCUCAGUACCUUAAACAGUUUCAGGCGAAACAACUGCCAAUAUUGGAGCGGUUUGCGCUUCUUUUGACGAUAGCGGUGAUCUGGGCAUACGCGCACUUAUUGACUGCUAGUGGUGCGUAUAAACAUCAUCCAGAACAGACUCAAAUGCACUGUAGAACUGAUAAAGCUGACCUCAUAUCUGCUGCACCAUGGAUAAAGAUACCUUACCCGCUUCAAUGGGGUGCGCCAACAUUUGAAGCAGGGCAUGCUUUUGGAAUGAUGGCUGCGGUUCUGGUCUCCCUUGUUGAGUCGACAGGCGCGUAUAAGGCAGCCGCACGCCUAGCAAGUGCUACACCCCCUCCAGCUCAUGUUCUCAGUCGUGGCAUUGGGUGGCAGGGGAUCGGCAUUCUCUUGAGCGGUCUCUUUGGAACAGCAACUGGCUCAACGGUUUCCAUAGAAAAUGUUGGUUUGCUCGGAAGCACUCGUGUAGGCAGCCGAAGAGUUAUUCAAAUCUCAGCCGGUUUCAUGAUCUUCUUCUCGAUUUUAGGGAAAUUUGGAGCUUUGUUUGCAUCCAUACCUUUCCCGAUCUUUGCUGCGGCAUACUGCGUGCUAUUUGGUCUUGUUGCUUCUGUUGGAUUAUCGUUCUUGCAAUUUACAAACAUGAACUCAAUGAGAAACUUGUUCAUUGUGGGUGUUUCUUUCUUUCUCGGGCUAUCAAUUCCCGAGUACUUUAGGGAGUACACAGCUGGUGCUCUUCAUGGUCCUUCACAUACAAAGGCCGAAUGGUUCAAUGAUUUCCUCAACACCAUCUUCUUUUCAUCCCCAACGGUGGCAUUGAUGGUGUCGUUGUUUCUUGACAAUACACUAGAGUUGAAAGACAGUGCUAAAGACCGAGGGAUGCCAUGGUGGGCCAAGUUUAGAACGUUUAAAGGCGAUAGUCGAAACGAGGAGUUUUACACCCUCCCGUUCAAUCUCGACAGGUUCUUUCCACCAUCAUGAGUUUAAGGGUAGUUUUGUCAUUUUGCAAGAUUGAGAUUGUGCUGAUCACAAUCCCUUUUGGUUGGGAAGAGAGGGUGGGCAGCUAAGAGUUAGUUUAUGUUGUAUUAUUUUCAUGAGAUCAUGAUAUAUAUAGCAUGGUGUUCUAAGUUUCUUGUAAAUUUUUCGCCUCAAGUUUUGUUAGUUGUUUAUUUUUUU